AUGGAUCAAUUUACUGGUCAAUUUGCAUAUACUCCAGCUCUGUUUAUUGAUUAUGCUCCACCUUCUCAAGAUAAAAAAAUCAAUUCUCGUCAAUCUAAAACUUCAAAUAAAUAUGAAUUUGUAGAAAGUGAACCAGAUUCUGAUGAAGUUAUUCCAAGUAAAUUUUGGAAAGAUUCUGAGACACGAGCUUUGCUUUCUUUACUUGCUGAAAAUUUUGAUAUGUAUCGCAAAAAUAAAACAAAAUUCUAUGCUACUGCUGCAAUUAAAAUCGGUAAUAAUAGAACUAGUACUCAAGUUAAUGAUAAAAUCCAGUCACUUCGAUCUAGAUAUGAGAAAGAAAACAAGGAAGAAACAGGAAAAGCUAGAUCGAAGUGGCCAUAUUUGGACGAAAUGAAUGAACUAUUCGGAAAUAGGGAGAAUCAUACUGAAAGUGAUAUCGAAGAUCAG